UCCAAAUGAAUCCUUUAUUUUUUUUGAUUUGUUUUUACUUUGCCACUGUGAUAGCAGCAGUGCCAUUACAAACCGUAUUUUAUAAUGCUCAAUCUACAAUGCUUACAGACGAAGAAUAUGACAGCUAUUCGACAGUGGUUCAAAACUAUGAGAACUUGGUUGAUACAGUGCUUUCAUCCGAAAGUGAAAUCUUUUUGAUCGAAUUAACUCAUCAACCAAGAAUAAAACUCCACCAAGCAUUGAAAAUUCAAGCAAAUGCCCUAGGAAUCCAUAACAUCACACAUUCACAGAUUGUUAAAAUGCCAGUGAUCAUUGGCAAACGUAUUCACGAGAUGAAUGCCGAAAUAUAUAAAUCAGUAGAAUCCAUAGUAUCACUCUAUUGGAAUACAGUAGAUACAACAUUCUCAUCACUGAACGCGAUGAUUGCUCAAGAAUUAAUAGAAAGAAUAGAUGACUAUGAUCUGUUGAAUCGAGUGAAGCAAGAUAUUUUGGCUUAUGACAGCACUUCAUCAUUAUCAUCAUGGAUAAAGCAUUGGAUAACGAGUUUCUUUUCAAGCAAAAUUGUUCCAAGUCAUGAUGAAGAACAACUCGAGUGCAACUUUUUAAAGCAACAUUUGUCAAACGUAAAGGCAGACUUAUUACUUGAUUUACACGCCCAAUUCAUGGAUCUUUAUACAAAAAUACAAGAUGGAAUAAUAAUUGAUGACGAUGAUUUUUAAAUUGAACUUUUAUAUAUCUAAUGUACAUAUUACUUUUUAAAAGAAAAAAAGGGGGAGUCCUUAAUGUACAUAUAUUACACUUUGACAAUAAAAGAAAGACUCUAUUUAUGCCCUCCUGGCCCCUACUAACUAAACAAUACAACAAGUGUAAUUACAGCUCAAAUGGGUUCUUGCAUCAAAGAUAUGUAUAGAUAUUGAAGGAUCUGAUAAUUACCCAAAAACACCUAAUUGAACGAUUCCAUAUGCAUCUGUAUAUUGGCACUGACCGUAUUCAGGGGAGGGACAGCACACAUGUUGACACGCGUGCUCGUGUGCAUCCAAUACAAAAUGAACCCGCGCGCGUCAAGGACGUCACAAUGAAAUAGUUCUAAAAUUGCUUUUUAUGGAACUUGUUUAUGCUGCCCUUCUCUUUUUUUUUUUCUUUUU